AUGCGGUCAAACUGUGUGCACCGCUCUCGAAGGAUUGAGGCUAGAGACUUCAAGAUGAGGAGUAUAGCGCAAUCAGUACCCGGAGUAAAGGUCCGCAAACUCGAGAAUGUCGACGAUCUCGCUGUAUCAAACGCCAACACCUCCCUCGUCCCAGUACGGGCUUCAUCUCACGGGCGAGACGUCCCAGGCGGUAGAGAUGAUUACGGUGGGAAUGGAGGUGAAUCGUCGAACGGGUCUCAUGUUUUGACCGCCGAGCCAGAAGAGUUCGAGCUCGCAGAGCAGCUACCAGAUAGAAUUGAGGUCUCGACUGUCACCGUCGAUGUAGUGGGCAAAGAGCGCAAACGGGCGAGGGCUCCGUCAGGGGAAAUGCAAUAUGUCGCCGCGUGCCAUUCGAGAGAUGAUCAGAGCGAAGAUGGCUAA